GUUUUUUUGCCCUAGUCCUUAAUAACCAUAGAAAACCAUGAAGCUCGAUCCCAAGGCGAUUCGUUACCUCACUUCCGAGGAUUUCCGCGUUCUCUCUGCGGUUGAAACAGGAAGCAGAAAUCAUGAAGUCGUUCCGACUCCUUUGAUUGCCAAUAUCUCAGGUCUUCGUGGUGGUAGUGGUGUAAACCGGGCUAUUUCGAACUUGGCCAAAACGAACCUUAUCGCGAAAGUGAAGAAUGCCAAAUACGACGGAUAUCGUCUCACCUACGGUGGCCUCGAUUAUCUAGCGCUCAAUGCUCACCAAAAGCAAAAAUGCAUCUACUCCGUGGGCAACCAAAUCGGCGUCGGAAAGGAAUCAGACAUUAUCGUGGUUGCGAACCAUCAGGGGACCCAGCACAUUCUCAAGAUCCAUCGUCUCGGUCGCAUUUCCUUCCGGACAGUCAAAACGAACCGAGACUACCUACGACACCGGCAAACGGGCUCGUGGAUGUACAUGUCGCGUCUGGCAGCUAUGAAGGAGUAUGCGUUCAUGAAAGCGCUUGGACAGAAUGGAUUCUCAGUACCUGAGCCCAUUGCGCAGAACAGGCACACGAUUGUUAUGAGUCUCAUCGACGCUUUUCCGCUACGUCAGAUCUCGACGGUUCCUAACCCGUCCCUGUUGUAUUCAGAGCUCAUGGAUACAAUUAUGCGGUUAGCUCGGUAUGGGCUGAUCCAUGGUGACUUUAAUGAAUUUAAUAUCCUCAUCAAGGAGGAAGCGGACCCCAAUGCCAAGGGCAAGGCCCCAGCAGAUGCAGAGAAUGACGAGAAUAUCCGGCUGGUUCCGGUCAUCAUCGAUUUCCCACAAAUGGUAUCGAUUGACCAUGUCAAUGCGGAGAUGUACUUUAACCGUGAUGUAAAUUGCAUCAAGCGUUAUUUCCAGCGAAAGUUCCGUUAUGUCAGCGAUGAACCUGGACCGUUCUUUGCCGACGCCAAGAAACAGCUCUUGGAGAACCCUGGAAAGCGACUAGACGUUGAAGUCGAAGCGUCGGGAUUCUCGAGGAAGAUGGCUCGCGACCUGGAAGCAUAUAUGCGGGAGGUCGGCGCUAAUGAAGGUGAAGAAGGACAGGGAAGCGAUGACGAGGAGGAUCAUUCAGGGUCUGGCUCAGAGGAAGAAGCCGAGGGCUAUACCAAUGCAAAUGAAGAGAGCCAAGCCGCCAAGUUGAAGGAGUCUGAGUCUGAUGCGAUCAACGACAGUUCCCGACGACUUGGUGAAUUGCAUGUCUCCUAAACAUUCGGAGGGUUAAUGAGUAAAAUUUCGAUGAUAGUAAUGACCAUUAUGAGCGUGUAAAA